AUGUCAUCAAAAGCAUCAUCAGGAAAAGGCAACGCAAAGAACAAAAACGCCAAAGCAGGAGAAAAAACUGAGGCUGACAUCAUACAAGAACAAAAAGAAGAAAUUAAAAAGUUAAAGCUUCGUAUUGAAACAUUGGAACGAUAUAUGGUGCUGCGAUCGGAACAAACACAAAAAGCAAGAGCAUCAGAAAUGGAAAUGAAAUCAAAACUAUCUCAACUAGAUGAGGACUUUGAGAAGGAAAAGAUGGAGCGAUUUCAUAUUGCCUCGGACAUGAUCCGACAAUACAAGGCUCUUCAAAAAACCUUAAUAGAAAAAUUGAAUGCAAGCGAACAAAAGAAUACAUCACUGGCGGAUCAAUUGCAUUUAGCAAAAGUAGCACUUCAUGAAGUCAAAAAAGAAAAAGAUCAAAUCAUUGAAAUGAAACAACGAGAAAUUGAAGAGCAACGACAAAAGAUGCAAAGUAUGGUCGUUGAGUUCAGUAACAUGUUGAAAGAAACGUUGGCCAAAAUGGGAAAUACGAUUCAGCAAGAGAAAGAGUUCCAAGAUGAUUCAACCUAUAAUUUAGUGAAUAAUUCAAGGCUGUUAGAUUUCAUUCCACCAGAAAUGAUUCAAAAUUUGAAAAUGACAGCCAAUAAUGCACCACCAUCUACUUCUCAUCCAAACAUUACAAAUUCCAAGUAA